AUGGUCACGUUCGUGGUUCGAGGUCAGACGUAUAGCGAACAAGUCCCGCGGAGGGCGUUGACGGAGGAGGUAUCGCCGGUGUUGCUGGCAAUGGUUGAGGAGAGAGAUGACGACGACAACCUCAAGCGUGGCGAGCAGGAUGCACAGGGCCGCUACGUCUUGGAGGGUCCCACCAACUCCAAAGCCUUCGCGCUGCUGGUCCGGGCUCUCAGACGAUACCCAGAGCUAUCCAAAGCCAUGGUUUCUGGUCUGAUUUUGGGCGCUGUCAUCGCGGGCAUUUACAACUGGGUGUACUCUUACAACCGCGAUGCCUGGAUGACAGACAUACAGGUUGAGCAAGCUCAUCAUUAUCAGAAGGACAAUCUUCAAAUUCAGAUGCAUUCGAUGCGGAGAGACGAGGUUAGAGAUUUGGUGAAUUCAGACAUCAACCGGAUAAAUAGCUCGCUGCUUGUGGCGACCUUGAUUCUGUCACUAGCAGGAGAGAUGCUUUUCGAGGGUCAAAUUCCGACAGAUUGCCCUCCCUUUGUGCUAAAUGCUUACAUGCUCUGCCUGGGCAGCGCCGUUUUCUACUUGACACUAUCCAUUCUUUCUGGCAUCAUUGCCAGCAACAGUGCGUACCACAAAGCAGCGAGGCUGCUGGUUCACUACAUUCGUCCACGCUGGAAGGAGCAUUUUCAGCAGCUCAGACAGCGCCAAGCCCAUGAAAACACCGCUUGCUUUGAGUCCAAGCCGAUUGGCUCCAUGAUGAUGCCUCCCCUUGCUGGGCGAAUGUGGAGGGCCUUCAGGCAAAAAGAGGCUGGCAGCCCUGCUGAAAAAACUCCAAGGGUGGUACAUAGCUUGAGCGAGAGGCCAAAGAAGGUUGAGCGCUAUUAUUCCUUCGAGGAGAGCUCUCCUGGUGGCUCCGCUACCAAGACAGUGCCAUCCACCAGAGGACGCUGGAGUGCAGAAACCAGGUCAAUGGGGAUUGAUGAGGCUGAAUAUGCAGACUCUGAGGCAGACUCGGAGGAUGAAUUGCGGAAUCUCGAGCGGGCCAAGCGCAAGUCGCCGGUGCAAUGGUACGUGAUGUUCUGGCACGACCCAAAGCAUGAAUGGCAAAAAUGCUGCAACUGUAUGUUCAAAUGCGUGGCGCGUGGCACCACAAAUUUGGUGGAAGCUUGUGGCUACCUGGCGGUGGGAACGCUGUACGGGGGCUACGCUGAAGCCUGGGCCUUUUGGGCGGUGCAGGUUCUGUUCUCUGUGAUAAACAUCAUGGUUAUCGGAUUCCUGCUGAGCAAGUUCGAAUCUCGCACACCGGACCGCGAUCCCAGCAGCGGUGGUGGAAGCGGUGGUCUCAUCCAUGGCCUACUGAUACAUCGACCUUUUGUUGUGGCCUCGAUUGUUGCGUCUGGCCCCCUGUGGUGCGUUAUUGCAGCAGCUACGUCGCUCGAGAUGCUUGACCGCUUUCUCAUUCCAACGUGCUAUGCGACGCAUACUGUUGUCAAUAUGUUCCUGGUCUGGUGGCUCGAUCACGAUGAGCAGAACCAGCCAGUUUCGCUUGCCGAGGAAGAGGAAGAUAGUUCUGAAGAUCAGUUGGAGUUGGGAGCCGGCUCGCCGAGGCGCCGGAGGCCGUCCAGGCCUAAAGACAUGGGAGUGACUGGAGUGAUGGCCGGGUCUAUGCUUGCCUAUGGCACGAUGGUCAUCAGCGCCUUUUGGUGCCUAGCCUUGCUGUGGGCGCUCCAUGGAGCCUUUUAUGGUAUGGACUUCAAAAACAGCAAGGCAGCGGUGGAGAUGUGGGACACAGGUCCGCCAUUGCUUGAGGUGUCUUCAAUGAAAAUGGCAUCGCCGAGUCCGUUUUGGAGCCCACAUGCGCUGGUGUGCCCGCGGAAUCAGGUUUUCAUCGCGGACCGCUACCGUGUCUAUGAGAUGUCACACAACAAUUCUAAAGUGACCGUGUAUCCUUGUCCCAUAAAUGGCACCAUCGCCGACAUAUCUGCCACCUGUGAUGACACAGUAUGUUGGCCAAUCAUCCUUGUGCAUGGCACGCCUUCAAUGGUUGUGGAUUGCAACAGCAAAAUCUCAAGUCCACUUCUGCAAUCGAGCGGUGAAGCUCGGCGCAUUGCCACAAGCAGACACGCUGAUGCAAAGAGAGGCGGCGCUCUGCAAACUUUGAUUGCCACGCUGCAAGACAAAGUCAUCCUGGAGUAUGGCUGGUCCAUCGAGCGGAGCGGCUGGCAACCUCUGUGGGACAUCCAGGAAACUGUGGGCGUCUUGGCCCUGGACCUGGUUGAAGACCGCCUACUGAUCUUCUAUCGUGGAGGCUUCCUUCAAGCAAAGGACAUCCGGACAGGAGAUGAUUGUGGCCGAUGGGCUCUGCCCAAUGCACAGACGGUCAUUGGUGGUGGAUGUGGCAACAAGGAGACCAACAGCAUGCUUGUUUUGGCGAAGCUCCGCCGUGGAGGUCAAGCUACGCAGCUGCUUCGGGCCGAGCUUCCAUCCCUGAAGGUUCUGGACUUGAGUCAGCUGGGCAUUUGUCGGUCAGAGAUGAUCAUGGAGCGAAUCAAUUUAGCAGGCCUUCGGAUCAAGAAUUGGCGCUUAGAAAAUUCUCACGUCAAGAAGAUCGAGAUUUCCAGGUGUGAUUUGCUUGACUGUGACUUGUCCUUCACGGUCACAGCUGGAGAGGUGAAGGUGAGCAGCUCCCGACUGGAGAACGUGCAGUUUGGCGUUUUCACAAUGGUUGCAUCUGUGGAGGAGUCUCAGCUCGUGCGAUGCAAUCUUCGAGUCGCUGAAGAGCUUUUUGUCGCUGACUCUGAGUUGGACAGCUGCACCUUCAAAGGGAGCGAUGAAGAUAGGAAAGACAGGCAGUUCAUCAGUGCCAUCUUCAACCAUUCAGACUUGCGUGGAGCCAGCGUCGAAGAUGCGUUUGCUUGUGUAUCCGCACCAGACGUUCUGCUGACGCUUAUUGCUUUCUUGGCGGGAUCAGAGAGCACUUCGCUCUGGCCGCAGCGCGAGCGUUGGAUCUUUCUCACAGCAGCGGCAGCGAAGGCAUGUGGCUUUUUUGAAAGCUGCAGUUGCCCGCUGGCUGUGGGAGGUGCUGAGACGUCACCUGCUGAGUCAGCAGAGAAUCUGCUUGAGCUGCCCCUGAUGCCGCUACCAGCCGUGCUGCCUGUCAGAGUGAGUGGAGAUUGUCACGGGUACCUGCCGAGUCCGAGCCAACAGCUGAUGAUCUCAGAGCCGAGGUAUCUGCAGCUCUAUGAUGACAUCCUCCUGAACGGAAGCCGCAUGUUUGUGGUCGCCCAUCGCCACGAUAACCUCCUGGCAAGGGUUGGCUUGAUCUUCCACCUCAAGAACCUGAAGGAUGUUUCAACUGACACGCACGGGCACGUCAAGUAUGCAGCUGACCAUGAAGUUCGAGGGCGAGUGCGCAUACUUUCCGUAAGAAAUCCCGAAGAGUGGACGUCGCAAUCCUCCUACCUCAGAGCUCAGGUGCAGCUGAUUGACCCACUUGACCAGAAAAACAUGUCGGAUGCAAUGAACAAGGACAUCUCGCCUUCAUUGAUGCGCAUUCGCCAGAAGCUACAGGAUUCUUUGGCUUUGCAAGGUGAACUCCAGCAGCAGGAGCCCGAAGAGCUUGGAAGAUUGGCUCGCAGCCUGCGACUGGCAAGCGUGAUCAGGAAUCCGGGCUUUUGGGAUAUGUGCAGCAUGCUGGCCUCUGUGCAGUCCUUCAGGCUUCAACUGAAUAUCCGGCGAAUGCGGGAGAACGUGAAGCGGCUGACUUCAGAGUGGGCGGAGCAAAAUCCAGAGGGUCUGGAGGCUUUGAAGAAGCAGCCGGAGGUCUUGCCUGCUCAUAUUCGUCGUGAAGGUGAACAAGUGCGUGAGAUGCUUCUGGACGGCACCGUCCAGCUGCAGGGCACCUUUCAGCGCAUUUUGCAAGCACUGGAUGUCCAAGAGCAAGCAGAUCUGAUGGAGAGCGCAGUGGACCAGGAGUUGCGGCGCAUGCACGCCCUGCGCACUCUGAAAGAUGCCUUAGACCGGUCACCCGGACAGGAUGCACCUGCAGACAUCACCUUGCCGUUCGACCGGGUUGUUUGUGAGCGAACGUACUUCCAUGGCCGACUCCUCCGCAUGACGAAAGGUGGCUCCACCAUCAGCUUGCGGCGGGCAAAGCUGCGCAUGCUGCCAAGAAUAGAAUGCGAGGGCAAGAUCCUCCUUUGCUUGGAGGACUGCGACCUGCUGGAGCCUGUGACUUUCCAGGGCAUGCGGCUUCAGCUGCGGGGUGUCCACUGCACGAAGCCCUGUGAGUUCCGGGAGGUCGAGUUUGCAACGAAGGUGUGUGACAUCGUCUUCCCAAGGAGCAGUCGGUUUGUGAAUGUCCGCUUCAAGGAUGGGUUACAGGCUUGCGUGGCCAGUGCCUGCCGAUUUGAGUACUGCAAUCUGGGCUACGGCCAGGAUGCGGUGGCGGAUUGUUUGCUGACUCAGUGCCAUUUUCAAUCAUGCCACUUCCCUUUCUUGGAAGACUGCUCCCCUGUAGCAAACUUCGCUGGCAGCCAGUUCAAUGCAUGCCGCAUACAGUGGAGCGGACCAUUUGCGCAUGAGGAGAGCUUCGUAAUCAACAGCCACUGGCUCCGCAAGUGGAAUCUUGCCAGUUGCUCUGUGAGUGAUACAGCUGUAUAG